AUGGCGCAACCAAACUCGGUGGAAGUUGUUAAGGUUUGCAGGGUGACUCCACACCAGAGCUCACGGGACUUCGCCGUACCAGAGGAUCAGUAUUCCCUUCCUCUAACCUUCUUUGACUUGGUCUGGCUGAGGUUCCCAAUAAUUCAACGCGUUUUCUUCUUCGAAACACCUUCUUGCCCUAAUUCCAUAGUUUCCAAGCUCAAAACCUCACUCUCUCACACUCUCCAACACUUCCUACCCCUCGCCGGAAAUCUCACUUGGCCCCAACACUCCCCCACACCCGUCCUCGGCUAUGUCAAAGGUGACGCCGUUUCGCUCACCGUAGCCGAGUACUCUAAUCCUGAAGACUUCCACCACCUCUCCGGCAGCCAAUUUAUUGACGCCGAAAAGUACUAUCCUCUUGUUCCUCAACUUGAAGCUUCUGCAUCGAUUGCUUUGCAAGUCACUCUGUUUCCCAACAACGGCUUUUCCCUAGGCACAGUCAUGCACCACGCCAUCAUGGACGGCAAAUCUUACACCUCGUUCAUUAAGUCAUGGGCUCGGAUAUGCAAACAUGUGGCUGGAUCCGGGUCCUCUUGUACCGUUUCGUUACCGGAACUGCUACAACCAUUUUAUGACAGAACCGUCGUUCAGGACCCGGCCGGGCUCGGAGAACUCUACUCAAGCCAAUACCUAGAUGACCACGGCCCCAACAACAGAAGCGUAACGCCUUCGAAUUUCCUUCAUUUUGCAGUGGAUGUUAAACCAGACUCGAUCAGAGGUACCUUCGAGCUCACAAGCGCGAAAAUACAAGCACUCAGAGAGCAUGUGAUAAAGACUACAAUGGCUUCUGAUUCAUCACCACUUCAUUUGUCAACUUUUUCUUUGACAUGCGCGUUCUGUUGGGUUUGCUCAGUCAAGGCUCAAGAAAUCAAAGGCGGUAAAACCGCUCUGGUUCUUGCGGUGGACGCUAGGGCUCGCUUGGACCCUCCCAUUCCAGCAACGUAUUUUGGGAACUGCAUUGUGGGUCGUGUAGCAAUUGCAGAAACAAAAGGGCUAUUGGGAGAAGAUGGCUUGGUUGUGGCAUUAAGUGCAAUUACUGAAGCUUUGAAGAGUUUGGAAAAAAAUGGGAUCUUGAAUGGGGCAGAGUCGUGGGUGUCAAACUUCAUUGAUUUUUCACAGUAUGAGAGAGUGUUUUCGGUGGCAGGUUCGCAACGGUUUGAGGUUUAUGAUACUGAUUUCGGAUGGGGGAGACCGAAGAGGACUGAGGUGGUUUCCAUAGGUAAGACAGGAGCCUUCUCUCUUUCAGCUAGCAACAAUGACGGUGGAGCUGUUGAGGUUGGGUUGGUUCUGAAGAAACAGUAUAUGAAGGCUUUUGCUUCUUUAUUUGCUGAUGCAAUUUAA